AUGGCGCCGAAGAAGAUCGAGGAGCCUGAAAGGAAACCACUUAUCGGCCGCGUGGGUACUAAUCUGAAAGUUGGUAUCGUAGGCAUACCCAACGUUGGAAAAUCAACGUUCUUCAACGUUCUCACGAAAAGCCAGGCGGCUGCGGAGAACUUCCCAUUCUGCACCAUCGAUCCAAAUGAAAAUAAAAACGUGAACCUUACAUUUAAACGAAGGUUGUGUAUAUUUUCUAUGCUGUCUAAUGCACAGAACAAUCGUUGGAGUAAGCAAAGUUACAAUGAAAUUUUCAUCGUGUAG